AUGGGUAAAAAAGUAGUUUUCAAUAUAUCAAGUGAAUUUCAAUUGAAAUCAUUACUUGGUGAAGGUGCAUAUGGUGUUGUUUGUUCUGCUAUACACAAGCCAACAUCUGAAACAGUAGCAAUUAAAAAAAUUGAACCAUUUGAUAAACCAUUAUUUGCAUUAAGAACAUUACGUGAAAUUAAAAUUUUAAAGUAUUUCCAACAUGAAAAUAUUAUAUCAAUUUUUGAUAUUCAAAGACCUGAAUCAUUUGAAAAUUUUAAUGAAGUUUAUAUUAUUCAAGAAUUGAUGCAGACCGAUUUACAUAGAGUGAUUAACACUCAAAAUUUAACAGAUGACCAUAUUCAAUAUUUUAUUUAUCAGACAUUAAGAGCAGUUAAAACAUUGCAUAGCUGUAAUGUUAUCCAUCGUGACUUAAAACCAUCAAAUUUAUUGAUAAAUUCAAAUUGUGAUUUAAAAAUAUGUGACUUUGGAUUAGCACGUAUAUCAAAUGAACAAAACUUUGGACAACCACAAGAGACAAGUGCAAUGACAGAAUAUGUCGCAACUAGAUGGUAUAGAGCACCAGAAGUCAUGUUAACAGCAGCCAAAUAUACAAAAGCAAUGGAUAUGUGGUCAUGUGGAUGUAUAUUAGCAGAAUUAUUUUUGAAAAGACCAAUAUUCCCAGGUAAAGAUUAUAGACAUCAAUUAAUGCUAAUAUUUGGAUUCCUAGGCACACCAACAGGCGAAGAUUUGUUGUGUAUUGAAUCAACUAGAGCACGUAAUUAUAUCAACACAUUACCGAUUUAUGAACCUGUUGAUCUAAUUAAAAUGUUCCCAAACGUUAAUCCAGAAGGUCUUGAUUUGUUAUCAAGAAUGUUAAUAUUUGAUCCAAACAAAAGAAUUACUGCAGAACAAGCAUUAGAACAUCCAUAUUUAAGCACUUAUCAUGACCCAAAUGAUGAACCAUCGGGAGAGCCAAUUUCACCAGAAUUUUUCGAUUUCGAUAACUACAAAAGUUCAUUGACUACUAAAGAUCUAAAAAAACUAUUAUGGAACGAAAUUUUUUCAUAG